AACGAUGAGAACAGCCAGGCAGACAAUUUCUCCAUGGACCCCCAACUGGAGAGGCAGGUGGAGACUAUUCGCAAUCUUGUGGACUCCUACAUGUCUAUUAUCAAUAAAUGUAUUCGUGAUCUGAUACCAAAAACAAUCAUGCACCUUAUGAUCAACAACGUAAAAGAAUUCAUAAAUGCAGAGCUCCUGGCUAACUUGUAUUCCUCUGAGGACCAAAACACCUUGAUGGAGGAGUCAGCAGAACAGGCUCAGAGGCGAGAUGAGGGGCUUCGCCUGUACCAAGCCCUAAAAGAAGCACUGGCAAUCAUUGGAGAUAUUAGCACUAGCACUGUAUCUAUCCCUGCCCCACCUCCAGUUGAUGAUUCCUGGCUACAGCAAUCCCGCAGAUCACCCCCUCCAAGUCCUUCAACUCAGAGAAGGCCUACAUUAAAUAAUCCCCCAACCAGACCUUUAUCUGGCCGAGGACCUGCUCCAGCAGUCCCAUCACCAGGCCCUCUGUCUGGGGCUCCACCAGUCCCAUUCCGUCCAGGACCAUUACCUCCAUUUCCUAACAACAGUGAAGGCCUUGGGACGCCACCUCAGGUUCCAUCUCGGCCAACGCGGGCUCCUCCCAGUGUUCCAAGCCGAAGACCACCCCCUUCACCCACUCGGCCCACUGUAAUUCGUCCGUUAGACUCGUCCCUGUUAGAUUAAGUGAAGUUUCUGGCAUGUCAUUAAUUGCUAACCAAAUGUAUGGAAGCAACUCGCUUGAUAACUGUUGCAAUAACCAAUGUAUAGUCGCAUGUAUGGACAUCUGUAGGCAAGUAACCAAUUUUACUAAUAUACUCUGUCCAGUCUGUAUUGCUUAUGAGGUCUGAAAUACCAUGGGAAGAUCUGUGAUGCCUUGACUUUCCCUCUUGCAAACAGCUGAUUUCUUAGUGUAUUGACAUAUAUAUUAAUGCAGGCACUUGAGUGUUCCCAGUUCUAUACAAUCAAAUGGGGGCUUGCUGUACUUUGUGUUUGUGUUGACCAACUGCUUAGAGUUUGCCUCUUUCCCAUUUCAAAGGGACGUCUUGUUUUUAUAAGUAGCUUCCAGGUUUCUGAGUCAAAUUGUUUAAAGAAAGGCUUUCUAUAAUUUGAGAUUAUAGUUAUACACAUUUCCUUCCUUAAAUGCCAACUGGGCUGAGAAAAACAAUGUUGUCUGUAAUUAAAAGCUCUUGCACGCCCCAUAAUUACACAUGUCCUCAUGUCUCUUUCACAAGCCUGGUGGAUGG